AUGUCAACAAUUAAGGCUGGGAAUGCGCAGGUGAAUGGCAAGGCGCCCAAGAAGAACCUCAUUCUCAAUGCCUUCGCCAUGAACACGCCCGGCCAUCUUUCUCCUGGCCUUUGGCGACACCCACGAAACAAGACAUAUAACUAUAAGAAAUUGGAUUUUUGGACUGAUCUUGCACGGCUCCUCGACGAGGCUGGCUUCCAUGCUCUGUUUCUCGCCGAUGUCCUCGGGGCUUAUGAUGUUUAUAAAGGUCCAGCCAACGCGGGUCCCGCGCUGGAAUCUGGAGCCCAGUUUCCCGUCAACGACCCGCUGUAUUUGGUGCCCGCCCUGGCCGCUGUGACGAAAAACCUUGCCUUUGGAAUCACUGCUAGUACGACUUAUGAGCAACCAUAUUCUCUAGCGAGACGAUUUUCGACGGUGGAUCAUCUAAGCAACGGGCGUGUGGCUUGGAAUAUCGUGACGUCCUAUCUUGAUAGCGCGGCUCGUAAUUUUGGCCUCUCCCAGCAGGUUGAACACGAUACGCGGUACGAAAUCGCGGACGAGUACAUGGAAGUCUUGUACAAGCUGUGGGAGGGAAGCUGGCGUGAGGAUGCCGUUGUGGCGGAUAUAGAGAGCGGUGUCUAUGCAUUGGGUGAACGGGUUCGACAGAUCAACCACCAGGGCAAGCAUUUCAACGUCCCAGGUCCUCACAUUUGCGAACCUUCUCCGCAACGUACGCCCUUCCUCUUCCAAGCAGGGACUUCCAAAAGUGGACGAGCAUUUGGUGCCAAACAUGCAGAAGUGAUUUUUGCCGGAGCGCAAUUGCCUGAAAAACUGAAAAUUUCGGUUGCAGCCAUUCGUCAACUGGCGCGGGAGGCUGGUCGAGAUCCAUACCAUGUCAAAGUUAUUGCGAGCAUGUGCGUCAUCGUCGCCGAGACAGACGAGGCUGCCAGAAAGAAACAGGAAGAGUUUCUUUCUUAUGGGAAUCGGGAGGGAGCCCUGGCCCUCUUUGGUGGCUGGACGGGAGUGGACCUUUCGACUUACUCCGAGGACGAAGAUUUUCGAUUCGUCAAGAUGCCUAUGAUUAACUCUAUCAUCAACGGAUGGGCAGACACCGUUCCAGGCAGUGAGAAUCUGAAAUGGAACAAGGCGCGGAUCGCGGAAUACUUGUUGCUGGGAGGAAUGAAUGCCAAGAUUGUGGGAUCUCCCUCAACAGUGGCCGAUGAACUGGAGCGUUGGGUGGAAGUAGCCGACGUGGAUGGGUUCAACCUGUCUCAUGUGGUGAACCCUGGCUCUUUCGAAGACAUUAUCGAAUUCUUACUGCCCGAGCUUCGGGCUAGGGGUAUCUUUCGAGCUGGGGUUGAGAAGGAAGGGGUGACGGCGCGCGAGCAGUUCUUUGGCACGCCGUGGCUGUUGGACGACCAUCCAGGGAGUCGGUUCAAAUGGGACGUCCAUGAUGAGGUGCCUCGAUAUCUGCAGGCCCAGUAG